AUGCCCUGUACCAGGUCUGCAAUAGUUGCUAACUGUGCAGUUGACACCACAAUCAUCCCUCUAAUUAGAGCUGGUGCUGGAGAAAUGCGAGUGAAAAGGCGUGAUACAGAGCAGUGGAUGGCACAUAGGUUACUCCCUGAGAAUCUCAAGGAUCGGAUUAUGCGCCAUGAACAAUAUAGGUGGCAAGAAACAAGAGGGGUUGACGAAGAGGGCCUUCUUAUAAAUCUUCCCAAGGAUCUUAGAAGAGAGAUAAAGAGACAUCUUUGUUUGUCGCUUCUCAUGAAGGUUCCAAUGUUUGAAAACAUGGAUGAACAACUGUUGGAUGCCAUGUGUGAUCGUCUGAAGCCUAUGCUGUACACAGAAGGAAGCUGCAUCAUUCGCGAAGGUGACCCAGUGAAUGAAAUGCUCUUCAUCAUGAGAGGAACACUAGAGAGUACCACAACAAAUGGUGGACAAACUGGCUUCUUCAACUCUAAUGUUCUAAAAGGUGGAGACUUCUGUGGUGAAGAGCUCCUCACAUGGGCCCUUGACCCCACUUCAGCUUCAAAUCUUCCUGGCUCAACUAGGACAGUGAAGACGUUGUCUGAAGUUGAAGCUUUUGCUCUGAGGGCUGAUGACUUGAAGUUUGUUGCCACGCAAUUCAGGAGGCUCCACAGCAAACAACUCCAACAUACCUUCCGAUUUUACUCACAGCAAUGGAGGACCUGGGCUGCUUGCUUCAUACAAGCAGCUUGGCACAGAUACUGCAGAAAGAAGCUGGAAGAGGCUUUAUUUGAGAAGGAGAAGAGGUUACAAGCAGCAAUUGUAAGUGACGGCACUACUUCGCUCAGUCUUGGUGCAGCGCUCUAUGCUUCACGUUUUGCUGGCAACAUGAUACGGAUCUUACGGAGAAAGGCCACCAGAAAGGCCCGUUUGCAGGAAAGAGUACCUGCAAGACUGUUACAAAAGCCAGCAGAACUCUUCUUCUUUGCUGAAGAUAGCUGA